AGCGUCGCCGGUGGACUGUGGUGAUGGUGAGAUGGACGGUAUUUAAGCUGAGCGGGGAGCGUUCACCGACACGUUAGGACUGGAGCACUGAGGCUGUGAUUCAAGAUGCCAAACUGGGGAGGAGGUGUCAAGUGUGCGGCCUGUGACAAGACGGCGUACCAUGCAGAGGAGAUCCAGUGUAACGGGAGGAGCUUCCAUAAGACCUGCUUCAUCUGCAUGAGCUGCAGAAAAGCGCUUGACAGCACCACGGUUGCAGCGCACGAGUCGGAGAUUUACUGCAAAUCCUGCUAUGGCAAGAAGUACGGGCCAAAAGGCUACGGAUACGGGCAAGGAGCUGGAGCUCUGAGCUCUGAUCCUCCUCGACGUGGACAAGUGGGCCUGCAGACCCACGACUCUACACCACGACCCGCUCCUUCAGGCUCCCCUGCCCAUAAAUCUUCCCCGAAAUUUGGAUGUUCAGACCGCUGUCCUCGCUGCUCCAAAGCCGUCUACGCAGCAGAGAAGGUGAUGGGAGCGGGGAAGCCGUGGCAUAAAACCUGUUUCCGCUGCGUCCUGUGUGGUAAAAGUCUGGAGUCGACCACAGUGACAGACAAGGAUGGAGAGCUGUACUGUAAAGUUUGCUACGCCAAAAACUUCGGCCCUAAAGGAUUUGGACUGGGGAACGAGGCCAUGUUGGAGUAAAAACAGUGUACUCCUCAAGUUUGAAAACACAUUUACUGUGUCACAUGGUAGCUGUUUAGUGGACACUUUAAUUUUACACUAGAUGAUACAUAUUUGUACUACAUGUCAGACGCCGUAUUAGGCUUUAAAAUCCUCAGCAGGUAAAAUAACAGCAAGCUAUGUUUUAAAGUUACUAUUAUCUUGAAAAUUUUGAGUACUAAAUAAAACUAUUUUGUUUCCUUAAAUUGUAUCCUGAAUGUUUAUUUACUUUUUUUAUAAAUAAAGGGAAAAAGGAAACAGAACA